AUGUCUAUUUUGAGCAGAAGAUCAUCUACUCAUGAUGCAGGUCCACAGCUUCUCAAGGAUGUCUGGGCUCUCACAGCCACCGCCAUUCUGAUUGUGGUUUUGAGGAUCAUUGCGAAAUUGAGGAUUGGGAAAUUCGGGCCGGAUGAUCUCUUAAUGGGGUUCGCACUGUGCUUAGCCACCGUCGGAUCAGUCAUGUUAACCAUAGGGAUCAAACGUGGAUUUGGCCGAAAUGAAGACGACCUUGACACCAACAGCAUAUCAAAGGUCGUCAUAUUUGACUAUCUGACACAGACAUUUGGGCUUGCAGGUGGAGCCUUAGGACGAGUUUCCUUCAUUGUCUUCAUCAUUGGGCUACUUGCGUCCAGAAAAUGGCACCGAGUGGUCUUUUGGGUCUUGAUCGGUCUUCAGGUGGUAGUAAACUCAAUGUUUAUAGUCAUCCUGUUCGUCCAAUGCCCAGGACAUGGGUCGGCUAUUUGGGACCAUGAUAAACCAAAGUGUUGGAACACUCUAGUGCAGGCUUACUAUGGAUAUUUCCAAGGAGCGUUCAACGCAACAACUGACCUUUACCUUGCUGUCUUCCCAACCGCCAUAUUAUGGAGGUUGAACCUGAAGCUGAGAGUCAAAUUGGGACUGGUGGCGUUGUUGGGACUAGGGAUUUUUGCGAUGGUCGCUGCUAUAAUAAAAACGGUAGAGACACGUGUCCUCGCGUCUUACGUCAUAGACACGACGAAUGCAACAGUCAACUACGAUCGCUGGCUAUAUGUUGAGACACAUUUGGUGAUAAUAACAGCCUCGAUACCAUGCAUUCGAUCUUUCCUGAGUCCGAUGAACGGGCAAACAUACACAAGUAAAGACACGCAUGAGCUGGGCUCACCCUACGUGGUCAGCUCCAGUGUAUACACGAGAAAGACCAAGAAGCGUGAGCUUUCCUUGGAUAGGAAACAAAUACUUAAUGCCUCUGGAGGCAAUCUGAGCAGCGAAGAUAUUUGCCACAGUGAUAAUCAUGAUGACAUACAUGACUCAGGUGUUCGAGCGAAUCUGCCAUGA